AUGCCGGCGAAGGUCCUGCUUAUUGCCUCUGUCCUUGUCGUGCCCGCACAGGCUCCGCCACCGACGAUUCACCCGGACUGCAAUGUUGUGUGCGUUGGCGUCCCCUGCGGGACGUUCUACGACACCACUUGCUCAGAUCAAGCGGUAAAGUUGCCAUCGUGCAACUGCGGGAAUUGCUGUCGCCCAGACCCGCCCGCCACCCAAGCGGUCGCCGCUCACGCAACGCCCGCUGCUCAGACGCCGGUCUUCACCACGCGUGGGCCCAACAGUGUGGUCCUCUGGCAGCCUCCUGGCCCGGGCCGCAAGGCUGGCGCGUGCGCUGGGCCGACGACGAUGCAAGCGGAUCCCAUCUGGCAGGCGGUGACGAUCGCCGAGUGCCAAGAGUACUGCGCUCUCGACAUUGAAUGCGUCGCGAUCGAGUUCACGGAGUUCGUCCCAAAGUGGCAGCGCUUGUACGCACGAGAGUAUGCACGCUGCAUGGCCAUCGACUUGCCCUCCAAAUGCGCCAAGCUGGACGGCGCGUCGCUCAAGGGGGCCAGCUUUGGCGGCGCGAAUCUCAAGUCUGUCAGCUUCGUCGGCGCCAACCUCGACGGCGCCGACUUCACACCAGGCUGA